GUGUUUAUUAAAAUGACACUUGCGCGUUCAGUUAGAGAAAUAAACCAUAGUUAUUAUACAACAUGAAUAUCUCACCUACAUCUAAAAGAAGUGUUGCAUAUACAGAGUCAGGCAUCAGAGAUUUGGAAGCUGUGGAGGCCCUGAUUUCCAUGAACAUCAACCAGAAGACUGAAGAUUUCCAUCGGAUACCUUCCUCCGAUUCCUGUGAAGACUUACCGUGUUCUGUUACAGCAGGUCUACACGAGUCUGCUGCCUGUGCAGUGCAGUGUCUGACUCCACCAUACAGUCCUCACUCUGAUCAACUGCAGGGGGCAGCAGAGACUACUUCUUUCAGUCCCAUACAGGAGCCCAAAUCUCAAGCGAUCAGUGUUAUCCGUCACACUUCAGAUGCAUUGCUGCUUUCAAAUGAUUUCAGACUGGAAAGUACGUCUGUUACCAAACACAAUCCUUCUAGUGCCACCUACCGUCAGUCCGAUGGCCCAGCUGGCAGAGACUCAAAACUCAUAAACCUUCAGCCUCUCAGUUCUGAUCCACUGAGCUUGCCAGUUCCUCCGCCUAGCCCUGCUGGAAUGGUGUCUGGUUUUCCUUCUGAAAGCGUGCCAUCGGUUUCAGUAUUCCAGAUGCUUCCACUAACACCAAGCUCAGUGAUCUCCAUACCUCCUCUGUCCUUUGCACAUUCAGCAAAUGUUGGUCAACCAUCGGUGGUGCUUGUGGCAGCUCAGAUGCCCAACAGUUCAGUCAUGGUGAUUCUGCCCGAACCAUCAGCCCCGAAACAAACAUUCGCAGUGCCUUCAUGUGGUUUGAAGUUUACUGCAAUCGCUCCCGCUCCAGGCCACAGUUUACCUGUGAACAGAACCGUCUCUGAAGCUGUCCGGGUCCGUGACUAUGUCUGCACACACCCCGACUGUGGAAAAACAUACUUCAAAAGUUCCCACCUGAAAGCACACCUGAGAACUCAUACAGGUGAAAAGCCUUUCAGGUGUUUCUGGGAGGGUUGUUUAAGGCGUUUCGCCAGAUCAGAUGAACUGUCUCGCCAUCGACGCACACACACAGGAGAGAAGCGUUUCUUUUGCCCGGUUUGCCACAGCCGCUUCAUGCGUAGCGACCACCUGGCAAAACACGCUCGUCGCCAUUUUACCACCAAGAGAACUCCAGUGUGGCUGAAGGAGGUCAACCAGCUUCAAAGCAUCAACGCUGUGUGUUGCACUCUGCAACCUCUGGCCCCCAAGACCGAGAGCUGACAGAUGCACGUGGAUCUCGAUGUGGAGUAAAACAUCUAGCUCUGACAUGGAGCUCAACGGAAUGGAACAGAACGCAGGGGCCUCGAGAAGCGUUUUUAAACAGCAUUAAAAACCUAACGCUGAUGGCACAAGAUUCUGAAAAACAGUGGGACACGUUGCAAGAGUCAAAGACGUUCAUCUGACGCAGGUGUACAUACAUCUAGAAUUUAAAAAAUAGUGCAGACUAAAGAACACGUCCUGUUUGAACGGCCCAUAUGAAGAGCUCGUUGUGCGUGACACCGCGGAGACUCACAGCAUGUGGAGGCUCAUGCUACUCUCUGCGAUCCAUGCACAACUCACCACGCACCCCACUGAGAGCGAGAACCCCUAAUCGCGACCACAAGGAGGUUACUCCAUGUGACUCUACCUUCCCUAGCAACCGGGCCAGUUUGGUUGCUUUGGAGACCUGGCUGGAGUCACUCAGCACACCCUGGAUUCAAACUCGCGACUCCAGGGGUGAUAGUCAGCGUCAAUACUCACUGAGAUACCCAGGACCCCCAAAUUUACUUUUGCAAAGUGUAACCACAUGCCUGUUUCCAAACUUAGAACUAGAAAUAAUAGCGUAGUAUAUUAAACUCAUAUUACACUAUUACCAGUUAUUAUGUUGGCUUGACUAACACUAAACAGAGACCAAAAUGUCUGACGUGUAACUCAUCUGAGAUAUUUCAAGCUACAUUCUCCCAACUUGACACAGACAUUCAGACUGUUAUCAGGAUGCUUUGGCUUUUCAAACUAAUCGGGAUUACGGUUUUAAAGGCCAAUUCACACUACCCCAACAAACGGCAACAAAAACCAACAUCCAUUGGUUUUGUCGGAUCAGUGCUUUUACCCUGUUGGCGUUCGUUGGCAUCUGCUUUCACCGACUGAACAUGUUAAAGCCGUGUUGAACGUGUUAAAUCAGCAUUUGUCAGGUCUUUGAAUGUUUGAGCAGUCUGGAAUGAUUUUCCAAAAACUUGAACGAACUGUAAUCUGACUUCACCGUGAACCAAUGCCAUGAAAAACACCAUCAAGCUGCAUCAACUCACACAGAAAAUGCAAACACUGAUCUCAAAGAAGAUCUGCAAUAAUUAAAAUGAUCAACUUUCCCAACAUUUUAUGGACAUUAUCUCAUGUGUAAAAAUAUUUUUGGGCACUGGAUUGCUGGAUUGUCCUCCAACGGAACUCUUAAAAUAAAUAAUGCUGUGUUCAUGUCAUGUCGGAAUUACUGCAACUCUUCUAUUCUGCUUAACCUGGAGAGUUGUUCACGUCCUGGGACAGUGGAAGUGAUUUGUUUCUAUAGCAACACUCCCGCCAAAAUGGCGGGAGUGUCCACAGUGUGAAUGUCCGCGCCAAACACUGAAAAGUUUAUAUAUUUGCGUCGCUUUUGAGCAUAGGCACAAAAAAAUCCAAUUCAGGAUAAGA